CCAGCGGAUUAAUCCCCUCGUGCCGCCUGCCGCCGGUUAGUGCUCUUCAUUUAGCCCUAGCUUGGCAGAGUAAAUUCGGAGAAGAAACCAAGCGGGACUCGGAAGAAUCCCUACACAAACAAGCUCGCUCCUACACCAAAUCCGGAUCUUUCCCGGACUCAGACUCGGAUGUGUUUCACCGAUUCGAAUCGGGUGCGCCAUCGGCUGGCGAUCUAUAUAAAGACAACAGCCUGCCUUUUGUCUCUGAAGAAAUUGGUCAGCUCUGUCCAAGCAUCAGGUGUUUGCAACUUAGGACCGUGCCUUCCCUCGGCUGAAGAAAUUUGUCUGUUUGGCCCAAGUUCCAGUCUUUUUCCAGAUAUUGGAAGAGAGGCCCUGCUCCACUCCCAUGGAGCUAUGUAGCGUCGCCUCGAUAAUCAGCUUAGGGAGUCUAGCUAUUCAACGGAAAUAUUUGCCAAAGCUGCUAGGCUUCACUCCCAGUUCACUCAAGAAAUUCUGCAAAGAUGUCCAUCAACCACAGACCGACACUAUCGUCGGCGCAUCGCCAGAGCUGCCUCAGGACAUCUUGAUGGAUAUCUUUUCCACCCUCGAAAUCCCUGAUCUCAUACGUGCUGGCGCUGUCUGCCCCUCUUGGCACUCUGCAUGUACCAGCCUACUGAGCCUUGGGCUGUACAAACUAGCGCAGACGCCGUGCCUCCUCUAUACUUCUGAAUCUGCUGGUGAUAGCUCUGCUUACCUCUACAGCCUCAGUGAAAAGAGAUCGUACAAGCUAACUCUUCCGGAGCCACCUAUCCGUACUAGGUGUUUCAUCGGGUCCUCUCAUGGCUGGCUGGUUACUGCUGAUGAAAGAUCUGAGAUGCAUCUUCUCAAUCCGAUCACAUCUCAACAGAUUGCUCUACCUUCAGUGAUCACAAUUGAGCACGUGAAGCCCAUAUUCGAUGAGUACAGCACUCUGCACAAGUAUGAAUUGUCGUGGUACACUGGAAUGCGUGUUGGUAAUAGCUCACCAUCUAUUUUUGCUCUUGACAAGCUGCGGGAUCAACUCCACUAUAAGGCGUUUGUGUUCCCUGAUACAUCCACGGGAAGCUACAUUGUGGUGCUCAUCCAUAACCCCAUGCACCAGCUCUCUUUUGCAAGGGUAGGUGAUGAUAAGUGGACCUGGCUGCCACCUCAUGAAGGCUAUGACGACUGCACUUACAAGGAUGGCCUACUGUAUGCAGUCACUGGAACCGGAGAACUUCAUGCUUUUGAUUUUAGUAGUGGACAUGUUGUCACAGUGGAGACGAUUAUGCGAAUGCGCAAUAUGUAUGACUGUGGGUACAUGUACAUUGUUCAAGCACCAUGGGGCGAUCUGCUGCUUAUUUGGAGAAUGUGUGAGGAUCAUGAUUUAGAACCUGAGCCUGGCGCACCUGUGUUUUGGAACACUACAAGAUUUAAAAUAUAUGAAUUUGAUCCUUCGGGAAGUAAACUUAAGGAAAUCAAUAGGUUGCGUGACCAUUUGUUGUUUCUUGGACAUAAUCAAUCACUUUGUCUCAAUGCUGAUGAAUAUCCUUCACUCAAGGCAAAUCGUGCCUACUUUACUGAUGAUAGUUUUUUGUGGACAACGGGGCUGAAGAAUAAUCACCGUGAUAUGGGAAUUCUCAACUUGGAUGAUAACAGCAAGGAAGAAUUUGUGCUUCCUCAGCUUUGCUCCAACUUUCCAGCUCCUAUUUGGGUUACCCCUGAUCUUAGAAAGAUGAACGCGGCUUCACGAGGGGAUUGAAAAAAGUUUGAUCGGACCAAUAAGCCUACACAGGGAUGAUGUGCUAGAUCCCUGGGGCUUCUGGUGGAAGUUAUCGACAAAAUACUGAAGGGGCCAUUGGAAUGUGCCUGAGGGCGUCCUCAUCGUUUGUCGCCGGCCCGUAAACACUAGAUUGGGCCUAGUUGGCUCUAAAUAAAUAGUUGUGAGGUUUUAUUUGUUUGCAUAUGCUGUAAUCAUGUUGUUCUACGCACAGUUUAAUGUGCUGAUGGAAAAUUGACG